AUGGCUCCAAAGUCUAUUAGAGUUCCCAAAGACUAUGUCAACAAAUCUCAGGGGAGAGCCAUUGAGAUAGUGGUAGGAGAUGAGCAAAAGGUCUACGGUGUCCAUGAAGGAUUAAUUCGUUCCUCUUCCCCUUUUUUUGACAAGGCCAUGGCAGGUGAAUGGACAGAGAUAGUCGCGCUCUAUAUUCACUGGCUCUACUACAGCACACUGCCAGUUUUCUGUGAUGAACCGGGCCUCUUCGGGAAUUCCGAGUACUUGGACCUCGUCAAGGCAUAUGUCCUGGGCGAUAAAAUCUUGGACAUCCGGUUCCAAGACACCGUCAUCGAUGCGAUUGUCGAGAAGUGCCAUUCUAUAGCGCGUGAUGGACUCAGGUGGUACCCUGUCGGGGAAGUGUUGGAGUAUGCAUACCAUAACCUCGCCGCAUCGGCUCCAAUCCUUGAGCUCUUUGUGGAUAUAUACGUGGCUCAGGCAUCAAGUUCAUGGCUUCAUGACUGGGCAGAUCCUACCACCAUCCCGCAGCCUUUGCUUCUGCGGCUUGCUUCCAAGCUGUUGAACCAACGUGAUACUUCUGAGGAACCUCUUGAAGCCUCGAAGUAUCACUGCCGUGGCAAGAACCCUAAUAAAUUAUCAUCGACGGACCGAUAG